AGCAGAGAGGCGGAGCCAAAGGGGGGACGAUCCCAGAGACCAAGGGGCGAGGGCGGCGCGCCAGUAAGGAGCGAGGGGCGGAGUCACAAAGCGGGCACCGCCAAUGCGAUGGCGUAGAAGCUGCCGCAUGCAAAUAUGAACAGCCCUGAAGAGAAAGUUUUCUUCGCAAUCGGAGAAGCCUACGGGAGCGACAGGGGAGGAGGGGAAGAGGCCUCGCCCACAAAUGCGCAAUCAGAGGAGCGACGGGAGAAACUCUGCGGUUAGGGGACGGAAGUGCCCGGAUGCAGGUAGGGCGCGGGGAGUGCUGGGAGUCGCCAGGCUGAGAGGCUCUGCGGACAGGAGAGUUCUGGGAGGGAGGCCCGUGGGAGGCGGAGGCGGAGGCCUCGGGUCUCCCCUGCUGGGAAGGGGACGCAGCCGUCACCCGCCCCUCUCUCUGCCCUGCAGGAGGACGGAGGAGCCCGGCGGGAGAACGAAGGAAGCGCCGCCCGAGAGGAGGAGGAAUAGUGCGGACCCCGCGGAGCAGCCCUGCCCGGUCCCGGCGCGGCUGCCUCGGGAGACGGCGGGGAAAGGCCUGAAGGCUCCGGGGUUGCAGAAGAGAUGAGCAAAGGGGGACCCCGGGAAAGGCAGCUGCCUGGAAGGAGAUUCGGGGAGGAGGAAACGGACGGAGACCCCGAGACGGUCCUGGAGGGCGGAGGGUCCUUCGGAAGACCCUCAAAUCCCCAAAGGAUCCAGGAGGAAGGAAAGGAAUAUCAGCACCGGGAACGUGAGAAGUCCUUCAAGAAAAACGGCCAUCUUCAAAGGCAUCUAAGGGUCCUUUCACGAGAGAAACCAUUUAAAUGUCUGGAAUGUGGAAAGAGCUUCAAUAAGAGGAUUGACUUUGAUAGACAUGAAAGAAUCCACUCAGGGGAAAAGAAAUAUAAAUGCACAGAAUGUGAACAAUCCUUCAAAAAAACCAGAUAUCUUCAAAAGCAUGUAAGCAUCCACAUAGAGCAACAGAAAUAUCAGUGUUCAGAAUGUGAAAAAUCCUUCAGAAGAAAACACCAUCUUCAAAGGCAUCUAAUGAUCCACUCAGGAGACAAACCUCACAAAUGCCUGGAGUGUGGAAAGAGCUUCAGUCAGAGGGGCCACCUUUAUAAACAUCAAAGAGUCCAUUUUCAAGAAGAGUAUGAAUGCGGGGAAUGUGAAAAAUCCUUCAAAAGAAAAGAUGCUCUUAAAACCCACCUAAAUGUCCACUCAGGAGAAAAGAAAUACGAAUGCACGGAAUGUGAAAAAUCCUUCAAAAUAAAUGGCAAUCUUCAAAGGCAUCUAAGGAUCCACUCAGGAGACAAACCUCACAAAUGCCUGGAGUGUGGAAAGAGCUUCAGUCAGAGGGGCCACCUUUAUAUACAUCAAAGAGUCCAUUUUCAAGAAGAGUAUGAAUGCGGGGAAUGUGAAAAAUCCUUCAAAACAAUUCAAACCCUUGAAAAACAUCAAAGAACCCACAAGCCAAAUAUGUGCCUGGUGUGUGGAAAGAGCUUCACUACAAGGGAAAGUCUAGAUAUCCAUCAAAGAAUCCACAGAGGAGAAAAACCUCAUAAAUGCCUAGUGUGUGGAAAGAGCUUUACUGUGAGUAGACAUCUCCAUCGACAUCAAAUGAUUCACACGGGAGAGAAACCACAUAAAUGUCUGCAGUGUGGAAAGAGCUUCAAUGUAAGGAGCAGUCUUAUUAUACAUCAAAGAAUUCACACAGGUGAAAAACCACAUAAAUGUCUGGAGUGUGGAAAGAGCUUCAGUCAAAGCAGCAGUCUUAAUAACCAUCAAAGAAUCCACACAGGUGAAAAACCAUAUAAAUGUCUGCAGUGUGGAAAGAGCUUUAGUGAAAAGAGCAGUCUUAAUAAACAUCAAAAAAUUCACACAGGUGAAAAACCACAUAAAUGUCUGGAGUGUGGAAAGAGCUUCAAUGUAAGGAGCAGUCUUAAUAGCCAUCAAAGAAUUCACACAGGUGAAAAAAAACAUAAAUGUCUGGAGUGUGGAAAGAGCUUUAGUCAAAGGAGCGGUCUUAAUAGCCAUCAAAGAAUCCACACAGGUGAAAAACCAUAUAAAUGUCUGGUGUGUGGAAAGAGCUUCAGUCAAAGGAACGGUCUUAAUAAACAUCAAAAAAUUCAUACAGGUGAAAAACCUCAUAAAUGUCUGGAGUGUGGAAUGAGCUUCAUUGUAAGGGACAGUCUUACUAUCCAUCAAAGAACACACUCAGGAGAAAAACCCUACAAAUGCCUGGAGUGUGGAAUGAGCUUUAUUAGGUGUAGUAACCUCCGUCAACACCAAAGAAUUCACACAGGUGAAAAACCAUAUAAAUGUCUGGAGUGUGGAAAGAGCUUCCGUGUAAGGAGCAGUCUUAAUAUCCAUCAAAGAAGUCACACAGGUGAAAAACCACAUAAAUGUCUGGAGUGUGGAAAGAGCUUCAGUCAAAGUUGCGGUCUUAAUAAACAUCAAAGAACUCACACAGGUGAAAAACCACAUAAAUGUCUGGAGUGUGGAAAGAGCUUCAGUGAAAAAAGCAAUCUUAAUAUCCAUCAAAGAAUUCACACAGGUGAAAAACCACAUAAAUGUCUGGAGUGUGGAAAGAGCUUCGGUGUAAGGAGCAGUCUUAAUAUCCAUCAAAGUAUUCACACAGGUGAAAAACCACAUAAAUGUCUGGAGUGUGGAAAGAGCUUCAGUCAAAGGAGUGGUCUUAAUAAACAUCAAAGAACUCACACAGGUUUUGUUGAAAAAUGAAGGAAUAAGAUCUCUGAAGGUAUGAAAUGCAAGGUUAACAAUAAAUAUAAGUAUAAUU